AUGGAGCCUGAGAGAAGAUAUUCGCGCAAGGUUAUACUCAGGAAUCGUAUGCAAAAAGUUUGGAACAUAGAAAUAACAGAAACUGAAGAUGAUUGUUUUUUCAAGUAUGGUUGGGCAAAAUUCGUAGAGGAUAACUCGUUCUUCAAUGGAGAUCAAUUGAUUUUUAUCUAUGACCAUCCUGCUAUGUUUGACUUCAUCGUACUUGACUCAUCCGGUUGUGAAAAGAUAAUAGUUGACGGUAAAGAAGCUCGAGUGAAGGGAUUGAAAAAUAAUAAUGAUGGUGAUGUUAAUUGUCAAGAUAACACUUUUUGGGUGGAGUUUGAAUUCAAUAUGGUCACUCAAGUUAAGAAAGACGAGGAUGAGAUGGAUGCAGAAGAGGAGAAAAAUGAUGUUAUUGGUUUUCAACAUCAUAUGUCACCUUCCAAGGGAAAAAGAUGCAUUACUACUGAAGGUGGAUUCAAGAGAGCUGCUACCAUGAAGAAAAGGAAUGCUAGUCCCAAAAGAGGGAAAAAGAAUGCUACGGCAAAGAAGAAAAGGGAUGUUAGUGAAGAAGAAAGUGAUGUUAGUGCAGAAAAAAUGGAUGCUAGUGAAGAUAAAAAAGAUGGCAGUGUUGAAAAAAAGAAGGAUGUCCGCGAUCAUUUUGGAGUCGAGCUUUUCAGCUCAGGACGUUUUACUCAACCUAAAAUCUUUAUUUCGUGA